UAAAAUAAAUUAAGCGAUUAGAUAAUAUGAAUAAAUUCAAAACAAAAUUCUGUCCGAUUUAGGAACUUGACUUGCCACAAAUUAAUAUCAUUCAAUAAAUAAUACAAGCACUUGUUAUAAUGGUAAAACAUAUUCUAAUUAUAUGAGUAAAACACCCAUUUUAAUCAUAAACAAAAAUAUACAUAAUUUACAAUAUAUUAAGGUUUUUAUGUAUGUUAAGGUAUAAUUGUACUUAGCAAUGUGCAAUUUAGAAGCCACCCAAGAGAUGCAUUUAAAUUUGAAACACCGAUGGCGUUUUUAACAAGAUAUAAAAACCAUAUAAAUACUUAUUGAUUAAGCAUACAUAAAUUCAAUAAUAAUAGUACCCUCUGCAAGGGUAGUUAAUAAAAAUAUAGAUAAUUUUAAAGGGAUAAGAUAAGAAUUUCGCAGCAUAAGCCGUUCCAUGUGAUUUUGACGUUUAAUUAAUGAAAUGUUGCUCAGUCUCUAAAGACUUUUAGACAAGUCAAAAUGUUGCUCGCUCUAGUUUUUGCUUUAUUAAUUUUAAAUGGCUUUGCCAUCGAAACUAAAAACGAAGUAUGUAGUCUUCAGUCGAUUUGUGACAAUAUUGCAGAAAUAAGAUCGCAAGUGGCGGAUAUUCGCGAGGAACAAGAGCGUCAAGCUAAUAUUUUGGAGGGCUUCUCCUUAUCCAAGACAGGGCUUGAACCAACGGCUUUUACCAGCAAAAAUAAUAAAGAAUUGUGUACUAUGCAAUCGAUAUGCAACAAUCUAGCAGCUUUAAGCUCGGAUCUGGAUGCACUUCGCGAUGAGCAAGAGCGUCAGGGAGAUCUUUUGGAGGAGUCUUGUAAAACAGAAACCGAUUCCGUUCCCGCAAAUUGUUACGAAGCAUUGAAAGACUCUCAAAUGAGCGGCGUUACUGAGAUCCUUGUACCAGAGUACAGUAAGAACUCCUUUGAGGUGGCCUGCGAUCAGGAGAGUCAUGGCGGAGGGUGGACAAUCAUCUUAAGGCGAACUGAUGGCAGCGAGGACUUCUUUCGUGAAUGGAAGGACUACGAAGAGGGCUUUGGUCAUGUUCCCAAUGAAUACUUCGUGGGAUUGGCCAAGCUGCAUGCAUUGACCUCUUCAGUUCGCCAGGAACUUCUGGUCAUCGUAGAGGACGAAGCAGGAGAACGCUACGAGAUCUACGACGAUUUCAGGAUUGGCGGAGCAUAUAACAAUUACACCUUGGAAUCGGUGGGAUCAUUUUCCGGUACCGCCAGUGAAGCUCUGAAAUAUCACGAGGGAAUGCAAUUUUCCACCAAAGACCGCGAUAACGACCUUUCCAUAAAUUUAAACUGCGCAGUUUACUUUGAAGGUGCCUGGUGGUACAAGUCUUGCUUUCAGAGCAACUUGGCUGGUCGCUAUGAUAGGUAUCGUCAAGGACCCUUACGCUGGAACAACCCUCAAUAUAGAAAUCCAUUAAUGACUGCAAUUAUGAUGAUAAGGUCAAGAGCUAGUGCCCUCAGGGGAUAACACCUCUGUAGGAGUAUCUUUUUAAGGUGGGAGGUGAGAGUAUCUUUUUUAAUAAAAACCUAUCAUCUGUAAUUUGA